GAGCUUUUGGGGUUCUGGUAUAUUCCACUGCCUACCAGAAAGAUGAGUGCUUCCAGGUUUAUUAAAUGUGUCACCGUUGGAGAUGGAGCUGUUGGGAAGACUUGUAUGCUCAUCUGUUACACCAGUAACAAGUUCCCCACCGACUAUAUUCCUACAGUUUUUGACAACUUUAGUGCCAAUGUGGCUGUGGAUGGGAACAUUGUCAACUUGGGAUUAUGGGACACUGCUGGCCAAGAAGAUUAUAGCAGACUCAGGCCACUGAGUUACAGGGGUGCAGAUGUUUUUGUUCUGGCUUUCUCCUUGAUCAGCUGGGCGAGUUAUGAGAAUGUUCUCAAGAAGUGGAUGCCGGAGCUUCGUCGAUUCGCGCCAAGUGUUCCAAUUGUUCUAGUUGGGACGAAGUUGGAUCUUCGUGACAGUGGAACUUAUUUUGACGAUCAUAGGGCAUCAAACACAAUAACCCCUUCUCAGGGAGAAGAGCUUAGGAAACAAAUUGGUGCUGCUGCAUACAUUGAAUGCAGUUCCAAGACUCAACAGAAUGUCAAAGCUGUUUUUGACACUGCAAUCAAGGUUGUUCUCCAACCUCCAAGGAGGAUCGAGACGACGAGGAAGAGGAGGAGCCGAAGGUCGGCUUGUUCAAUUGUCAGGUGCAUUGCGUGCGGUGGCUGUGAUGUGUAACCGUGCUCGUGAUCGAUAUCAACUGCCGUAUUGUUCAUGUUUUAUGCCAAUCGUAUAGCUAGAGCUUAAGAUUUCUAGUGUAACAUUGUUUUGUACUAAGAAACAGGCAUCUGCACGUUGUGCAAGCCACACUGACCAGAGAAGUGAAGAGAGUUGUGUUCGUCUUUGUUGUGUUAAAUGCAAAUUCCAUAUUUGAAAUGA